ACAGACAGAUAUAUAAGAGAGAGCAGACGACAAGUGUGAAUAUCACUGUUUACUAUUGUUUACAUCAGAAGUAGAUUUAUAUAAUAAAACUAUAAUUAAUUAUUGUUAUUAACAAUAACAUUAUUAGUACACUUGCAUUUUUAUGAAGUUGUUUAAAUAAUUUUACAUUGAAAGGAAACGACAACAACAGUGUUUCAUAUAGUGUUUACUUAUUCAUAAUAUGGCCAUACAAAUAUUAAAGAAUUGUUGAUUUUGCUCAAUAUAAAAAAAAAAAAAUUAAAAAAUGGAUAAAUCAGAUCAAAAGACAUUGACAAAGAAUUCAAUGACCGCAAUUCCUAAAUAUGGAUUUAAAGUAAAGCUCAAUCAUAAAUUUCCUGAAAAAUGGUCUCAAGCUUUAAAACCACGAAUUAAACAAAUUCCUCAAUUUUUACCAUUAGGAUGGAGAUAUAUGAUGUAUUAUCGACAAAUAAAACGAAAAGGCCGUGUGCCUAUGAUGGAUUACAUUAAUACUAAAACAGGUUUACAAAUGUAUGGUGCUCCUAUCGGUGGAAUUGGAGGUGGUACAAUUGGUCGCGGAUUCAAAGGCGAAUUUUGUCGAUAUGCACUCCAGCCAGGAAUGUAUAAAUAUCACACGGUUCUUGCAAAUCAAUUUAUUGUUACCAUUAGAGAUACCGAUGGAAAUGUUAUUUAUAAUCAGGUUCUAUCUACACACAAGUCAACGAAGUAUUUGAAGCAGUGGAAAUGGGAUUUUAAAGGUGAAAAUGCAACAUAUACAGCAUUAUAUCCACGUUCUUGGACUGAGUAUAAUAUUGAGGAUCCUGCAGUAAAAUUAGUUUGUCGUCAAAUUUCUCCAGUGAUUCCUCAUAAUUAUUAUGAUAGUUCAUUGCCUUGUGCAGUUUUUAUAUGGAGUGUUGAGAAUAAUUCUUCAGAAGAUUUGAAUGUCAGUAUAACAUUUACUUUUCAAAGUGGAACAGGAGAUGUGAGGGAUAAUCGAGGAGAAAAAUGGUGUGAGCGUUUUGAAAUUGCUGAUAUUGAUGAUGAGAUUUAUGGAGUGAUGAUACAUCAAAAAAUUCGAGGAAUGCCGUGUACAUAUGCAAUCAGUUCGAGAGCAAAAACAGAUGUAAAUGUUACUAGAAAAAUAGGUUUUGAUCCUCAUGGUAAUGGUGCAAGUGUAUGGAAUGAUCUUGAAGAAGAAGGAUCUUUAAAGGAAGACGCAACGUCAACGUCACCAAAGACAAAACAAGUAAUUGGCGCUGCCGUUUGUAGUCGUAUUUUUGUAAAAUCCAACGAUAAAAGUGAACUCGAAUUUAGUCUUGUUUGGGAUAUGCCAAAAAUUCAUUUUCAUUGUAAAAUGCGUGAAUAUUUAAGAUAUUAUACGAAAUUCUUUUACGAGCCGGAUAGAUCGUCAGCACCUGAAAUUGCUCGCUAUGCUCUGUCGCAUUAUAAAUUAUGGGAAAGGGAUAUAUUUCGUUGGCAACAAAGUGUUUUAGAUGAUGUUAAUUUACCCGAUUGGUAUAAGUCUGCUUUAUUUAAUGAGCUCUAUUAUAUUUCUGAUGGCGGUACCAUUUGGCUGAGAACUGAUGAGAGUGAUAAUUUUGAAUCAACAGAUCCACGAAUUGAAUAUGGUCGUUUCGCUUAUCUCGAGGGUCAGGAAUAUAGAAUGUACAAUACUUAUGAUGUGCAUUUUUAUGCUGCAUUUGCUUUGGCUCAAUUGUGGCCUAAUCUACAAGCAUGCAUUCAAUAUGAAUGUCGAGAUAAUGUUCAUAUGGAGGAUCCUUCGGUAUGGAAUACAUUAUAUGAUGGAAUAAGACAACCGAGAAAAAGAAAAGAUACGGUUCCUCAUGAUAUGGGAGAUCCUGAUGAGGAACCAUUUAAAUUAAUUAACGCAUAUAAUAUUCAUGAUGUGUCAGAUUGGAAGGAUUUAAAUCCAAAAUUUGUUUUGAGUUGCUUUAGAGAUUACAGUUUGACAAAGAAUUUUCAGCAACUUGUGGAUUUUUGGCCGACAGUUAGAAAUGUUGUUAAUCAUUGUUUGUUAUGGGAUACAGAUAAUGAUGGAUUAAUUGAAAAUGGUGGAUUUCCUGAUCAAACUUUUGACACUUGGGUGAUGAAAGGUCCUAGUGCUUAUUGCGGAAGUUUAUGGCUCGCUUCGCUUUAUUGCGCCUCGAAAAUGGCCAUUCUUUUAGGGGAAGAUGAUGAUGCGAAAAGGUAUCAGGAAAUAUUAGAAAAGGGAAAAGCAUCUUUUCAGGAGAAACUCUGGAAUGGAAAAUAUUACAAUUUUGACAGUAGUAAAUCUGAACAUAAAAAAUGUAUAAUGAGUGAUCAACUUUGUGGACACUGGUUUUUGAGAGCAUCUGGUUUUAGGCAUGAGGUUUUUCCUGAGGAUAAAGUAAAAUCGUCAUUGGAAACGAUUUUUAAUAAUAAUGUUAUGAAAUUUAAAAAUGGUGAACAAGGAGCAGUAAAUGGAUAUGUUCCAUCGAUAGGAAUAGAUAUGGUGACACCGCAAAGUGAGGAAAUGUGGACAGGUGUUACGUAUGGUCUUGCAGCUUUAAUGAUUCACGAAGGAAUGAUUAGGGAGGGAUUUAAAACAGCAGAAGGUGUUUAUCGAACUGUUUAUGAGAAAAUUGGGAUGGGUUUUGAAACACCGGAAGCUCUUUAUGAGAAUAAGUUAUAUAGAUCGAUAGGUUAUAUGAGACCAUUGUCAAUUUGGGCUAUUCACCUUGCCUGGAAUUCGAGAAAAAAAAAGUGAUAAUUUGUUGCCUUUGUCUAAACGUAUAUGUAAUAAGAAUAUAGGUUGACAGGUAACGUUUAUUAACACUUGAUUAAAUGUUGUACAAUUAAUAUCUAUUUCUCUAUAUGUUCGUUAACGAUUUUAGUCUUAUAACUUCAGUGUUCAGGUUCAAUUUGUAUAAUAUAUUAACAACUGUGAUUUUAUUCAAUUUUUUUUACGAGUAGGAUGCAUUAAUGCAGUUUUUACAUUUUUAAAAUGUUUUUAUUAUGCAUUUAAUGAAAUUGUAUUUUUAAUUCUCUUGGUACUUGGGUAACCUUGAUUUAUGAAGAGCCGGAUACAAAAUCUCGUCGUAAAAUUCUGACUCAUUUUUUAUCUCUCUCUCUCUCUUUCUCUUUUCCUCUCUCUCGAAAAAAAUAAUAGUCGGAAAGCAUUAAUGUAUCCUGCUAUAGAUCAAGAUGUUUUAAUAAUUAAAAAAAAAGUGGUUUGAGUUAUUUCUACCACUGAUAGGCAAUCAAAAAGAAAAAGUAGGUCUCAAGAAAUAGACAAUAAAAUUGGACUAAAGACAUCGAAA